UGAUAUUCAAUCAGCAAACUCUCCUCCAGUUGCAAAAAAUUGGCUACGCCGGAGCUACUCCACUCCGCCGCCGAGAUUCUCUUCGGCGAGUAUUUUUCCCUCUCUUCAUUUAUCUGUAUUCGCAUCUCCAUUUUGUUAUGAUUCGUGCCUGUGUUUCAGAUAUUCCAUUCGAGUAGAUGUGUGUUUCAGCAUUCGGCUAUUGGGAAAUUCGUUGUUGAGGAUUUUUUUCAGAUCUUUCUGAUUUUCAAUUAAAAUCAUUUUCAUGAAAAGAAAAAAAUUCUCUCUCACCGACCGACCAAUUGCGUUCUGCAUUUUAGUUCACAAUUUUUUUUAUCUUGCUUUUAGUUUCAAUUAUAGAUCAAUUGAAGCUUUCUUUGGAUAAACAAUAAUUUAUUCAUACUUUAUUUCCACGUUUUGUUGUGAUUUAUCCAGCUCAAUUAAGAAAUUAGAUCCGAAUCAGAUGUGGCUGGGCCUCGGUUUGCUGAUUUUGAGCUGGAAUUUAUUGAGAAUCAUAUACUCAAAUCGAGUUUGCAAGAUCGAUCCUGCACUCUGAUAAUAUGAUCACCGACAACGACGAUCUGUUGAUCGAGAUCCUCCUCUGGCUGCCUGCUAAAUCCCUCAUCAGAUUCAAAUUGGUGAGCAAGAAAUGGUCCGACUUGAUCUCGAGCCAUCAUUUCUCCGAACAGCAUACUCUGCAGCAGCGCCACAGACGCCGUGAUUCAAAGUUGAGGCCUUCCCUCCUCCUCCAUCUCGCAGAGGCAUCAAGCUACUUGUAUCUUCACAGCAGUCCCAAUGGUGAAAAGUUGGUGCCAUAUGCUUUCUCCUCGGCUCUAGCUUCUCCAACUAUACGGAGCUUCUCCAACGGCCUCUUUCUGCUCCAGUGCCGCAAUGUCGAGAGCCCUUUUGAGGUUUGUCACGUCUACAAUCCAGCCACAAAGCAGUCCAAAAAGAUCUUGCUCAACGUGGAUCGCAUGUAUAGAAGUGUUUUGGGGCUCAACUUGGUAUUCGAUCCCCUGAAAUCGCCUCAUUACAAGAUUAUCUGCAUCAAGUCUACUCCGAGGAGAUCAUUCAGCCUCUGCCGGAGCUGGUGGAGGCGCUGCCAGAUUGAGGUGUACGAGUCUGAAACGAGCACCUGGAAGGUUUGUGGUGAACCUUUUCUGGCUCCACGAGAACUGGUGUUUGAUCACGGGAUAGAGUGGAAAGAUUGCAUCCACUGGUGUGGGGUCUUCUUUGAUCUUCAAGAGUGUAGUAUUGGACAGCAUCCAGAAAUUGUGGUUCCCGGGGAUGCUGAAACGGGGGGUUUCCUCCAGAAGCACGUAGAGUCCAACGGCUUUUUGCAUAAUGUUGCUCACUUCCCCACAAAGAAAUCUGUAAUGGUCUUUGAACUGCAACGCGACUACUCUGAGUGGUCGUUGAAGUAUCACAUUAAUCUCGAUGGAGCUUCGGGGCCACUGUCCGUGCUGAGUUACAUCAGGGGGGAAAGCGAAAAGGAAGAAGAUAGCAAGUUGGUGCUUCAUGAACCGGGCAAGAUUAAGUUUUACGCGCUGCAAGAGAAUUGCGUGAAGGGGCUCGUAGAUUUCGAAGGGAAGGAGUUUUACCAAGUGGGACAGGCUCAAUCCACUGUGAACCGUAGUUUUCAAGUCAUUGAGACUCUAGCUUCUGUUUGAUUCGGUAGGUUUCAAAGUUAUGUUUUUCAUGUUUCUUGAUCUCACUACAUAUGGUUUUCUUUGUUUAUUUAUGUAUUGGGAAUUCUUUUACCUCCCAAAGUUUGUGAUUCAUGUCUUGGGCACAACACAUGAAUCUUACACAAAA